CGAGUUUAAAGCUGCUCCCUUCAUCUUCUUUCUGCCUUUUUAUUUAUACAAGAUCGAGGUAUGUCUAUAUUUAAUCGCGAAUAAAGCCCGUGUACAUUCAUAUUCACGGCGUUUCGCGUAAAACCAGGCAGAUGUGAUCACGUGCUCGCUCGACCGAUCGUCGUGUCACACGUUUCCGUACGUCAUUCGUGUAACUUGUCAUCCGACGUCGGAUGUAACGACGCAUGUUUAAGGUGAGUACAACGUCAUGCGCAGCGCAGGUGUUGACGGAAGUGCAGUAACGUAACUCGCGCUAUUAGAAAGCAUACACGUAUGAAAUGAGAUCAUAAAGGUGUGCACCGGGAGUGUAAGGUCGUGAUGGUGUGAUGGAGGAUCUGGCAGUGCUCGACCUGUUGCAGUGUCCUCUAUGUACGAAGCCUUUAGACGCAUCUGCCAAGGUUUUGCCAUGCCAGCACACAUUCUGUAAAACAUACCUCCAGCAGCACGAGGCAUCGGUUCCUCAGCAGAUGUGCUGCCCAGAAUGCAGAGCUGCUGCUCCUGGAUCAGUGGAGGAGCUGCCCACUAACCCUCUGUUGGUCAGACUUCUAGACAGCCUCCAGGAUGGGGGUCCUCUGGGCACACCGAGGGACAGAUCGAGGAGAUACGUGGGCUCGGCGGACCAAGAGGAACUGUUGUGCGGUUACAUUCAGGAUUUGCGCCUUCAGUUGCCCAAAGAAGGCCAGAACACACGGGGGGUGCAGGCUCAAGCUUUAUAUGACUUUCAGGGUAAUGCUCCUGGGGAGCUCACAAUGAAGUCAGGCGAUGUCGUUUAUCUGCGCUGGAAACUAGAUGAUAACUGGUAUUAUGGGGAAGCCAGUGAGAGCUGUGGUCUGGUUCCAGUCAGUGGGGUUCAGGUCGUUGGUGAGCGGCCGCAGCAUUUGGCUUUCUGCAGAGCUCUGUGCGACUUCAAUGCUAACAAUUUCCAUCCUGACGACAGCAAGGAAUGGUUGACCUUCUUCAAGGGAGACAGCAUUACUCUUAUUAAACAAGUGGAUGAAAACUGGGUUGAGGGAAAACUUGGAGACAAAGUUGGGAUUUUUCCCUUGCAGUUUACAGAGCCCAAUCCAGCGGCGCACAAGCUUCUGGAAAAACACAGAAGGAAGGACUCUGUGGAAUCACACCCACGGGUCGGCGGUUGGGUUAACGCGGAUGCUCGCGCCCACGGGCGGCUCUCUGGACCGUUUUACAAGUCAACCAGGCCUCCGAAUGUCAGUCUCCUGAACAGCCUGAACUAUCCUCCCCGCAGCCAGAGCCAGCGGCCACCUCACUUCAGCUCCAGCGCACACUCCGCCUCCAACAAGACGCCACAUCUCGGCACAUUUAACAAGCCACAUUUGAGGAGCUCUCGCAGAAACUUGCCUAAGGGAGACAGAAAAAUGAACGGUGAAAGUCCGCCAAGCAUCACCAUGGCUCUGAUUAACCCCCAGACCCCCGUUUCACCCUCUGAGAGCAGGAUGUCUGCCACCCAGCAGCUCUCCAUCAGUGUAUGUGCGGUGUUGUAUUCCUACACGCCCCAUCACGCCGAAGAGCUGGAGUUGAGGAAGGGUGAAAUGGUGGGGGUUUAUGGGAAAUUCAAAGAAGGUUGGCUGCGUGGACUGUCCCUCAGAACAGGCAAAGUAGGCAUCCUGCCAGCCAACUAUGUCGCACCUGUGCUCAGAACAUCUGCAAGGUUUCUCGAACAAACCAAACCUGCCUUGCCUAAUACAAGCACAGUUUCAACAAAAAGACACACCCCACACAAGCCGCAGGCUGUUGUCCUGGCCCUAGACAAAGUAAACGCCGACGCCCCUUCAGCUACAAUGACUGUGAUGUCAUCUGCCGGGGCCGGGAGAGCACCUCAGAUGGGCGGGAAGCAGGGUUGGACCACAGUAAGACGCUCCAUCCACGCUUCACACAGAGGGUUGCCUCACCACGGAAGCUACAAUUCAAGUUCCAUCCAGAGUCUUCACCCCCCUCCUCAGGAUCUGGGGACGAUCUAUACUUUCGGACGUUCGCCCGUUCUCCCCAAAAGGAGAAAUGGUUUGUUCUCAAACCCCAUCAAGACGCAGCAUUGGACACAUGAAGGAACAGCACCCUCAGGUGGUGGAUAUCAAACAGGAACCAGAGAUCCCAUCCAGAAAGAAGCUAACAAUGCUCCUCAGUCUAUUCUGGUUAAACCAGAUGCUCACAAACACAAUCCAGAGAAGUUUGUAAAAUCAGUGCGGUUCCUGGAUGCUCGGGUCACUCCUCAGGCAACAUCGAAGAUGACACCUUCAGGACUAGGAAUGUCCGCAGGACAUAACGUUCCCACUUCUCAGCCUGGCAUUUCAGGUCUGGAUCACUGGAAUCCCUCUGCUAUUUUGGGUCGGGAUGGAAGUACUUUAGUUCUUAAGGACAAAAAAACACUUCCAACCAGGAAGAGCACAGGGCAAGAUCAUACCGCCAUGGACUUCCUCUCACUAAAUAUGAAACCAGUACUAAUAAACCACCAGUCCAGCACUAAUAGAUACAGGGUUAUGAAGGGGUAUAAUGCGAAGACGGAUGCAGAGCUCACGUUGACGGAAGGAGAGAUCGUGAUUGUUCAAAGACCACGUCCAGACGGAAGGGUUCUCAUAACCCAGGAGAUCAGUGGAAAAACAGGCCUUUUCCACUACAACAUACUGGAGAUAAUGGACAAAGUCCUUUGAGUGUGCCAAAGUCUUUCUGUUGUGUAAAUGUUAUUUGACCAGUGCUGUGUUUAGAGUUGCACCAGUUUAGCCUGUUGUGUAAUAAACCCAAAACAACAACAUCCUGUGUACCUAAACGCAGGCCGAGACAGAAUUUUCUGUCCAGAAUUCUGCAUAAUGUUUUUAAAGAUCGUGUAUCACAGUUUCUGCCAAUCUCAUAUUAAUCUUGAGUGCCUACAGUAGUAUUGCAUACGUCGUAUCUUUGAAGACUAUUUAGUUUGAUCAAAUUUAUAAAAGAGAGAUACAGCUGUACGAUUAUUUCCGCAGCGCAGCCCGUCUUGACGCAGCGCAGAUAACCUUGGUGGUAAGCGGGUCUCGCUCGUCUGUUGGCUCGUGGGCGGGCUCUUUCUUUCGUCUUUGCUUUUGCCAAAUAAAAGGAAUAGGAUCACUGUGACGACACAGGGAUCCAGAAUUAGAAUAAACUUGGAGUGCUGGGGGAGUGUAUCAAGUACAGAAAUACUACGUCAUACAUCCAACUCGUUUUUAACAAGUUGACCAUGUUAAGCAUGAGAAGCCAGGAUGCAUGACAUGGCAUGAUACCCGAUCUUUAAGUAUGGCUAAAUAUGAGACUAUUAUAUUAUUAAUGGAUAAACGCAUAAUAAAAUGCCGAAAUAAUAAGUUAAUAAAACAACGUAAUGGUUGGGGAUUGUGGGGAUGUGUAGAACGUUGUGAAUGAUGGGUGUUUCAAUUCUGCAGAAUUCUACAGAUUCUGUUUGGCCUGUUGUUGUGUAUUCCGAGUGUCACAUUGUGUCUCAUCCACACACCUGACACAAAGUUCUUCUUCAACAGAUCAGCUCUGACAAGACGAUUGUUCCUUUUUGGAUGCUGAAUCACUGAUUGCACUUUUGAAAGGUGUGAGGGGUAAGGAAGACAAUCCUGAGAUUAGAAAUGCAAUCUAUGAGCGUACAUGACUGUUGGACGUUGCCCUAAUGAUGACUGAAGUACUCAAGGUUGUCUUUUCACGCACAAAAUCCUGUCGUCGCAAUAUGUGGAAUUGUUUUGUUGUGUAAAACCUCAGCAGGUCUUUCCUGAAAAAUAAAUAAAAAGUAACUUUUAUCUUUAACAAUGUAAAAUUAUUAAACGUAUAAUAGUAAUAACGGACUGAAAGGAUUCCGGUAUCUCUUUAUUUGUGUGUUUUAAUUCAAUAGGACAGUUGGUGGAGGGAUAAUAUUAAUAAUACGUUUAUUUUAUAUAGUGCCAUUAAAAGUUUCUUUCUCAAAGCGCUGCACAACAAUAAUAAAACAAUACAUCACACAUUAAUAAAACAAAUCAAAACAAUACAUCACACAUUAAUAAAACAGCACAUUAAAAUACUGUAUAAAAAGCAGUCCUGAAAUGAAAUGUUUUAAGAAGAGAUUUGAAAGUGGCUAGUGAGUUUUUUGUUGUUGUUUUUGGGACAUGCUGUUAUUCAUUCUCAUGAAUGUGAAUUCUCUUUAUGCUUUUAUUUGACUAACCAAUAAAAUAUAUAUAUUUUUGUUAAUUCUCUUCCUUGCAUACUCCAGCUUUAAUCCUCCUAGUAGGAUGUCCUUGUACGGUACUGUUUAGCGUGCUGACAAAAUGUUUAUAUGCUCACCUACUUGUAAGUCGCUUUGGAUAAAAGCGUCUGCCAAAUGAAUAAAUGU